GUUCUGAGUGCCCACUGGAUCAUCAGAGUGUCUACGGGGGUCUCAGGAGUCCUGGUUUCUGUAGGUUUUCAUCGGUGGUUCUGGUAGUGGAUCAUGCUGCAGCUCCGGCUCACGGCGCUGCUUGCUCUGCAGGUGAUCACCUGUGCUCAGGAGGUUGGAGACUCACUGGGCGGAGCCCCAGAUACAAUCAGCCUCCCAGAGUUUAGCGACGUGUGCACUGAAGGCAGCUGUUACCCAGCAACAGGGGAUCUUCUGAUUGGCCGAGCUCACCAGCUGUCAUCCACCUCUACCUGUGGACUGAAGCGCCCAGAACCGUUUUGCAUUGUCAGCCACUUACAGGAGGAGAAGAAGUGCUUUGUGUGUGACUCAACAGCACCGUAUGAUGAUGAACUGGCCAAUCACAACAACAGUCACCGGGUUGAAAAUGUCGUCACCACAUUUGGUCCCAACAGGCUGAAGACCUGGUGGCAGUCUGAGAACGGUGUGGAGAAUGUCACCAUCCACCUGAACCUUGAAGCCGAGUUUCACUUCACUCAUCUCAUUAUGACCUUCAAGACAUUUCGACCGGCUGCCAUGGUCAUCGAACGAUCAUCGGACUUCGGGAAAACCUGGGAGGUUUACCGUUACUUUGCCUAUGACUGCGAGACGUCCUUUCCGUCUGUUUCCCAUGGUCCGAUGCAGACGGUUGAUGAUGUCAUCUGUGAUUCCCGUUACUCGGACAUUGAGCCAUCCACUGAGGGCGAGGUGAUUUACAGAGUCCUGGAUCCAGCGUUUCGGAUUGAAGACCCAUACAGUCAACAAAUCCAGAACUUGCUGAAGAUCACCAACCUGCGGGUGAAGUUCACCAAACUGCACACGCUCGGGGACAACCUGCUGGACUCUCGAAUGGAGAUCAAAGAGAAGUACUACUAUGCCAUCUAUGACAUGGUGGUCAGAGGAAACUGCUUCUGUUACGGACAUGCCUCUGAAUGCGCACCUGUUGAGGGAACUGGCCAGAUCAUGGAGGGCAUGGUUCAUGGUCACUGUAUGUGUAACCACAACACUAAAGGACUAAACUGUGAACAGUGCGAGGACUUCUACCAUGACCUUCCCUGGAGACCAGCCGAGGGACGCAACACCAACGCCUGCAAAAAGUGUAACUGUAACCAGCACUCGGACUCGUGUCACUUCGAUGUGGCUGUGUUCAUGGCCUCUGGAAACGUCAGCGGAGGAGUUUGUGAUAACUGUCAGCACAACACGACCGGACACAAUUGUGAGCAGUGCAAACCAUUUUAUUACCAACAUCCAGAGAAGGACCUCAGAGACCCGAACAGCUGCCAACUCUGUAACUGUGACCCUGUGGGCUCCCUGAAUGGAGGAAUAUGCGACGGGAUGACGAAUGUCCGAGUCGGUCUGAUUGCUGGUCAGUGCCGCUGUAAAGUCAAUGUGGAGGGAGAACGCUGUGAGCGCUGCAAACCGGCGCAUUACGGACUCAGUGAUGAACUUGAAGGCUGCAAAGCUUGUACCUGCAGCCCCCUGGGAACAGCUCCUGGAGGAAACCCCUGUGACAGUGAAACAGGAAGCUGUUUCUGUAAACGUCUGGUGGCUGGACGGGACUGCAACCAGUGUGUGGAUGAACACUGGGGCCUCAGUAACGACAUGGAUGGCUGCAGACCAUGUGACUGCGAUCUGGGAGGAGCCAUCCACAACCGGUGUGAUCAGGUGAGCGGUCAGUGUGUUUGCAGGGAUCGCAUGUUUGGUCGUCGCUGUGAUCAGGUGGAGUCUGGAUUCUACUUUGUUGCUCUUGAUCACUACACCUAUGAAGCUGAAGAUGCCAAGUUUGGACCUGGAGUGUCAUUGGUCCCUAGACCCCACCCUCAUGACCGCAGUCCCACCUGGACAGGUGUUGGCCUGGUCAAUGUUCCCGAAGGGGCCUUCCUGGAGUUCUCUGUAGACAACAUCCCCCAUUCCAUGGAGUACGACAUUCUCAUUCGCUAUGAGCCUCAGCUGCCAGACCAAUGGGAAGAGGUUCUGAUGACAGUAAUGAGGCCUGGACCAAUCAGAGCUGACAGCCGAUGUGUCAACACGGUCCCAGACGAUGACAAUCAAAUGAUCUCCCUUCACCCCAGCUCACGCUACGUGGUUCUGCCGAGGCCGGUUUGUUUUGAAUCUGGACUGAACUACACGAUCCGUCUCAGUCUCCCGCUGUACUCUGCUCUCAGUGAUGUCCAUUCUCCGUACACACUCAUCGAUUCGAUCGUGCUGAUGCCGCACUGUAAGAGCCUGGAAAUAUUUACGUCCUCUGUGGGAGGGGAGUCCAGCGCUUGGGAAACGUUUCAGCGGUAUCGAUGUCUAGAGAACAGCCAGAGUGUAAUUAAGACCCCGAUGACUGACAUCUGCAGGAACGUCAUCUUCAGCAUCUCUGCCCUGCUGCACCAAGGAGCAAAAGAAUGCCAGUGUGACCCCCAGGGCUCCCUCAGCACGGUGUGCGAUCCCAAUGGUGGCCAGUGUCAGUGCCGACCCAAUGUAGCGGGCAGGAACUGUGACAGAUGUUCUCCAGCCACGUUUCAGUUUGGACCGAGCGGCUGCAAAGAGUGUGCAUGUGACCCUCAGGGUUCCCAGAGUCCGAUCUGCGAUCAGCUGACCGGUCAGUGCACCUGCGUCGUCAGGGCGUACGGUCGGCAGUGCGAUCGGUGCCUGCCGGGUCACUGGGGCUUCCCGUCCUGCCGACCCUGCGCCUGUAACGGACACACGGAGACCUGCGACGCCGUCACCGGCCGCUGCAUUGCCUGCAGGGAUCACACCACCGGACACAGCUGCGACAGGUGUCUAGACGGUUACUAUGGCAACCCGGUGCUGGGAUCGGGUGACCACUGUCGUCCAUGUUUGUGUCCCGACGGCCCCGACGGUUUGCGGCAGUUUGCAGGAAGUUGUUACCGUAGCGACACCUCUGAGCAGGUGGUGUGUGUCUGCAACACGGGAUACAAGGGUGCUCGCUGUGAUCAGUGUUCAGCUGGUUACAAUGGAAACCCUGACGAGGCAGGUGGCCAGUGUCUCCCGUGCCAGUGCAACAACAACAUCGACAUGCUGGACCCGGAGUCCUGUGAUGCCAGAACCGGCGAGUGUCUGCGAUGUCUGUACCACAGCGAAGGCCACUCUUGCCAGGACUGCAAGCUGGGUUACUACGGCAACGCCUUGGUGCAGGACUGCAGGAAGUGCGUCUGUAAUCAGCUGGGCAGCGACCAGUCCAGCUGUCAAUCUCACACCGACUGCCAGUGCGACCGCAGCAGCGGUCAGUGUCGCUGCCGGCCCAACGUGAUCGGUCAACACUGCGACCGCUGCGCGCCCGACACCUGGGACAUGUCCAGCGGAGCCGGCUGUCAGAGCUGCGACUGCGACCCCAAACACUCUUAUGAGACGUCCUGUAAUGAGAUCAGUGGCCAGUGUUCCUGCCAUCCUGGUUUCGGAGGAAGAACAUGUAACGAGUGCCGAGAGCUGUUCUGGGGCCACCCAGAACUCCAGUGUCACGCAUGUGACUGCGACCCUCGUGGGAUCUUGGAGCCACAAUGUAACAAAGUCAGCGGUCACUGCGUCUGCGUGGAGGGCGUAGCGGGACCUCGCUGUGACGUCUGCGCCCGCGGCUUCCAUGGAACCUUCCCAGACUGUCAUCAGUGCCACCAGUGUUUCUCAGAAUGGGACGCCAUCAUCGGUCAGCUGACCAAUCAGACACACCGACUGGUCAACAAGGUCCACGCCAUUAAAGCCAGCGGAGUCAGCGGACCAUACAGGAAGUCUAUAGAGAGCAUGGAGAGAAGUGCUGCGGACAUCCAGGGCAUCUUAGACCAAAACCCGGCCUCACAACCUCUGACUGAAGUCCAACACCUGCUGCAACAGGCCAGCGACCUGAUGGCAGCUUUGAGUCAGACCAUGAACAACACUGAGGAGACUCUGGCUCUGGUGGGUGAGCAGGACUCUGGCAUUAAAACUAAACUGGACUCCGUGACGUCUGAUGCUCAGAAACUGGAGCAAACAGUUCAGGAGCUCCUGGACCAAGUGGAGUUCAUCAAGAACUCUGACAUCAGAGGGGCAACAGACAGCGUCACCAAGUACUUCCUGCAGUCUCAAGCAGCCGAGGCUCGAGCCAAUUCCUCAACCAUCAAUGCUGGCAGCCCAGUUGAAACUUCAGCUGCCCUACGGCAACUCGCCGAGGACAAACUGAACCAAACCAGAGAGGAGUUUCUGGAGAGACACUCUGAAAAUGCUCGGAGGCUGGACAACCUGGCAGGAGAGAUGGAGACGUUGGACCUAUCAGUGAUCAGCUAUAAGACAUGUGGCAGUCCAUCAUCUGGUCAAGACUCCUGUCGGUCUUCAUCCUGCAGUGGUCUGGGCUGUGUAGACCCUGAAAGUCAGGCCUGGUGUGGGGGAGAAGGAUGUGAUGGUGCAGUGACAGCAGCCAAGAGCAUCCUGAUGAAGACUCAAGAGGCUGAGCAGGAAAUCAUCAGUGCCAUGGCAGAGGUGGAGAAGCUUUCAAAGAUGGUGUUAGAGGUAAAGAUGCAGGCUGAUGAAGCGAAGCUGAGUGCUCAGAAUGUCCUGAUGAAGACCAACAGAACCAAACACAAAGUGGACCAGAGCAACAAUGAGCUUCGAAGCUUAAUCAGACAAAUCAAAGAUUUCCUCACACAGGAUGCGGCAGACUUGGAGAGCAUCGAACUUGUGGCAAGUGAAGUUCUGGCCAUGCAGAUGCCGACCACACCGGCUCAGCUGCAGAACCUUACGGACGAGAUCCGGCAGAAGGUAGGAGAGUUGGGACACGUGGAGGCAAUCUUACAGCAGAGCGCUGACGACAUUCAGAGAGCAGAGACUCUGCUGGACCAGGCCCGCCAAGCAAGUAAGCAGGCGACAGAUGUGAAGGACUCUGCAGAGAGAGUGAAACAAGCUCUGGAAGAAGCUCAGAGAGCUCACACAGCUGCCAGCAGUGCCAUUCAGCAGGCCACCUCCGACAUCAAGACCACGACCAAGCUGCUCUCCUCCGUAGAGACAGAGACGGCAAACGCGGAGUCCAAGCUGUACAACGCCACCCAGAGGCUGCAGAGGCUCGAGCAAGAUGUGAAGCUGCUCACCGAUAAAUCGGCGAAUGUCACUCAGAGAGCCAAACUGACCGAUCAAAACGCUGCAGACAUCGGAAGGGUUGCAGAGGAGAUCCAAAAGGAGUUGGAGUCAGAGGUGAAGCAGAAGUACAGCACAGUGGAACAGCUGAUAGGUCAGAAAGCAGGGGGUGUGGCCGAUGCUAAGAAGAGGGCGGAGUCACUGCAGAAUGAAGCCAAACAGUUGCUGCUGCAGGCCAGUGACAAGCUGCAGCUGCUGAAAGAUCUGGAAAAGUCAUAUGAUGACAAUCAGCGAGCUCUUGAGGUGAAAGCUGAACAGUUGGUUGAGCUGGAGGCAGCUGUGAAGGAGCUUCUGCAGGAAAUCAGCCACAAGGUCACCGUCUACAGCACCUGUUUGUUUUAGACUCACCGCAUCGUACUGAGCCACAAUUAGAGGAGCAUAACCACUUUUUGAAGUACUCUGGAUCUGUUUUAUUUGGCUCUGAUUUGUUUUUUGGGGGUCUGCUGUCAGAAAGGUGAUGUGAUUAUACAUGCUUAAAGUACAAUUACAAUUACAAAAAUCAAAAGAAAUUGUUUCAUUAAAAACGUUUUGUUUUUUUUUUUUUUUUUUUUUUACAAUGGUACAACACCUAUUUAAUUUUAGGUUUCAUCUUGAACACAUUAACUUUAAUACAAAUUUUCCAGUGAGGCAUUUUUCUAAAGUUAUUACCUAGAAAUUGUAAUUGGCGGAUUUCAUUAACUUUGUUGUAAGGGGGGCCUGUCUGAAUGUUCCAGUGGAAAAAGAAAACAGCGUCUCAAAAAGUGAAUGUUUUAACCAUUUGACUGCAGCCUGUUCUGUUAGGGUUUUCAUGUUUUAACAAACCGUAUCUUUGAGAUUCAAAAUAAUUUGAAUAAAAUAUUUUCAUUAAGAAAA